AUGCCGGCGGCUUUGAUCAUCGGGGCGGGCUCGCGAGUCGGCAAGUCGACAGCGGAUGCCUUUGCAAAAGCCGGAUACUCCAUCGCCCUGGCUUCGAGGUCAGACAAAGCUGGUUCGCCGGACAAGCACUUCACGUUUGACGCGUCCAAGCCGGAGACGGUGAAGGAUUUGUUCAACAACGACCGGAAAAGUAUCGGGGUACCCAGCGUGGUGGUGUACAAUGCGUACUCAGAUCACCUGGCUGAAGGUGUAGAUUCGGAUCAGAUCGACCUGUUCCAAAGCGACAUGAACGUCAACGCUACCAGCGUCUGGGUCUCUGCCGGCGAGGCCAUCAAGGGGUUCGAGGAGAUUCUUGGUGGUGGUGGUGCCACGUUCAUCUUCACCGGCAACCUGUUCAACACCACGGUCGCACCCAGGUUUCUGACCUUUGGAAUGGGUAAGAGCGCGUCGGCUCAUCUGAUCCAACAUCUCGCCUUGGUCGCUUACAAUGACAAACCGUACAAAUUCUACUACGGCGAUCAACGCAACGCAGACGGUUCGCCAAUGUAUACCGGCCUCAGCGGUCCGGCCCAUGCCGAUCAGUAUCUGAAGCUGGCUCAGGAUCCGAAGCAGGGGCCUUGGUUGCAGACCUUCGUCGAGGGCAAGGGGUACGUCGAGUUUCCUCGUCCGGAGACGUGGGCUCCCGGACAAUAG